AUGGUGUGGUGGCAUGUAAUCGUCUCCUUCAGUGUCGCAGGUGCGGCCUACCUGCUUUGGCUGGCUCUACAGCGGCUAUGGCUUUCACCCAUUGCUCACUUCCCGGGACCCAAACUGGCCGCCCUUACAAUGUGGUAUGAAUUCUACUACGAUUCAUUCCUAGAAGGUCAAUACACUUUUCGGAUCGCCGAGAUGCAUCGCAAAUAUGGCCCGAUCGUGCGAAUCAGCCCGUACGAGCUACACAUCGACGAUGCUGAAUAUUAUGAAGCGCUGUACUCUCGAGAUGCCCCGCGAGAUAAGUCUUUACAUCUGACUGGGAUGUUUGGAGCACCAGCUUCCGCAUUUGGUACAGUCGACUACCGGCGCCAUCGGAUACGGCGUCAACCGAUGAAUCCUUUCUUCUCCCAACAGCGAAUCCGACAACUCGAGCCAAUGCUCCGGGGCAUGGUUGACAAACUGUGCGGUGGAUUGCGCGCCUGGAAGGAUAGACAGGCUCCACUACAUAUGUAUCAUCCGUUUAAUGCUUUUACUACAGACGUAGUCGUGGAAUAUACCAUGGGAGACUCCUUUCACUAUCUUGAUGACCCUGACUUCAGCCCGCAAUGGUCCAAAACAAUGCAGGCCAUUGUGCAUGCCGGCAUCCAAUUCAAGCAAUUCCGCUGGUUCAUUAGUCUCUUUGAGCUACUCCCACAAUGGCUCGUCAUGAGCAUUAAUCCUGACAUCGGGCCAGUCAUCGACCAGAAAAAUGAAAGUAUGCGCCUGGCUAACCUGGUCAUUGAUAGCCAACGGUCGGACAGCAUUUCCACUGGUAACAGAACAACCGUGCCCAAAGGCACCUUAUUUCAUGCUCUUCUAGAAAGUACGCUCCCCCCUGAAGAAAAGACAGCUGAUCGCUUAAGCCAAGAGGUUUUCACUGUCAUUGCGGCUGGCGGAGAAACAACUGCCAGGAAUUUAGCCACAAUCACUUUCUACCUCCUAAAUAACCCCGAAAAGCUUGAGAAACUACGCGAGGAGCUGAAUCGGCUGGAUCCCGAUGGGACGGCGUCCUUGGUGGAAUAUGAGGCAAUGCCCUACCUGGUAGGAUCCUCAUUCCAAGCCGCACUCUUUGACAGGAUUCGGUCGCUAAUCAUACCAAACUUCCGUUAUGUUGGAGGGUCUAAGAAUCACCAACGCUGUUGCAACGCGACUUCAACGCAGCUCACCAGAUCAGCCUAUGAGGUACAAAGACUGGAUCAUUCCUCCUGGGGUAAGCAUAUCUUAUUCUCCUACGAUGUAUUGUUGGAGACUACCCCCGCUUACCAUCGAUCCCAGGUGCCGGUUGGCAUGACGAGUUUGUUCGUACAUCAUAACGAAGACAUCUUUCCCGAUUCGCACAGUUUUAUCCCAGAACGAUGGAUGGAUCCAAUGCAAAGGAAACACCUCGAAAAGUACAUGGUCGCCUUCAGCAAAGGGUCAAGGCAGUGCAUCGGCAUCCCUCUCGCAAAGGCUGAAAUACUUCUGGUAGUCGCCAGAAUUUUCAGAGAAUUCGAUCUGGAGCUGUACAAAACCACAAUAGAUGAUGUCCACAUUGUGCGUGAUAUGUUCAAUGGCCAUCCGAGAAAAGAAAGCCAAGGCGUCCGCGUCAUGGUGAAAGAGUGGAAUGGAGCCCUGGGAUCUGAUAUCUCUCGAGAACAAUAA